GUGUGAAUGCGGUUUCUGUGACUAGUAGCUGUUGUAUCUAUCGAUCUUUUCUCUGCCCGCCCGCCGGCCUCAUGCUUCAAUUCAUUAACCUCAGCUCACCACAUGCGCGUUCAAGCUAAGUCGCAGACGCAAAUAUAUAUACACUACUCCGAGGAUGAUGAGACGAGGCGGAAUGGGAAGGGAGGUUAACGUUGUUGCUCUGCUGCUCUGUGUGGGGGUCGCAUUUCUUCUCACGCCCUGUGCACCUUCCAAAAGGCAGAAAAAUCCUAAAGCGAAUAGCCAAGAAGAGCGGCAAUCCUAUCCGCCCGUUGAAUUGUAUAUGCAGGAUGAUGGGCAAGUAGUAGUGGAUAAUGGCUUUCUAAGAAUUACUUUUUCGACUCCCGCUGGAAUGGUUACUCAAGUUCAAUACAAUGGAAUUCACAAUUUGCUCGAAGCUCAAAAUUUGGAAAACAAUCGAGGAUACUGGGACAUUGUAUGGAAUAAAGCAGAUGCGCGUGGCAAUAUUUUUGACAAGCUUGAGGGGUUUAAUUACAUGACAAUAAUGGAUGAUGACGAUCAAGUAGAGCUUUCGUUCACACGGAAAUGGGAUACUACGUACAAUGACUCAGUUCUUUCCAUGAAUGUUGACAAAAGGUAUGUAGUUUUGCGUGGAAGCAGCGGCUUUUACUCUUAUGCUAUUCUUGAACGUUUAGAUGGUUGGCCAGAUAUAGAUGUCUACCAAGGCCGUAUAGUAUUCAAACUUGAUCAAGAGUUGUUCCAGUAUAUGGCGGUGUCUGAUGAGAAACAGAGAAUAAUGCCAACGGCCCAAGACCGACAAGAGGGUAAAAUACUUGAUUACCCGGAAGCUGUUCUUUUGAUAAACCCAAAAAACUCUUUCUUGAGGGGAGAGGUUGAUGAUAAAUAUCAAUAUUCUUGUGAAGACAAGGAUAACCGAGUCCAUGGAUGGAUAAGUCCGUACCCGCCGACGGGGUUUUGGAUGAUCACUCCUAGCAAUGAGUUUCGAAACGGAGGUCCUUUAAAACAAGAUCUUACUUCACAUACUGGCCCUAUCACUCUUUCGAUGUUUUUCAGCACACAUUAUGCUGGGGAAAUGUUGGGAAUGAAAUUCCGAAAUGGAGAGCCAUGGAAAAAAGUUUUUGGGCCCGUUUUUGUGUACCUAAACUCAGUUGAAACCGAUGAAUAUGCUUUGGAUCUUUGGGCAGAUGCAAAGGAGCAGAUGUUCAUAGAAACUGAAAGUUGGCCAUAUGAGUUCCCACUCUCCGAAGAAUUCUUUCCAUCUCAGAAAAGAGGUCUGAUAAGUGGAAGGCUACUCGUUCGAGACAGCUACAUCAAUGAAAGGCUUAUGGCUGGUAGUUCGGCUUCUGUUGGGCUUGCUCGUCCAGGCAAUCUAGGAUCAUGGCAAUAUGAAAGCAAGGGUUAUCAGUUCUGGACUGAAGCUGAUUCAGAAGGGUAUUUCUUGAUUAACAAUGUUUUACCGGGCAACUAUAGCUUGUAUGCCUGGGUGCCUGGAUUUAUGGGUAGUUACAGAUAUGAUUUCUACAUAACUAUCACAGCAGGAUCAAGAAUCAGGCUUGAGAAUCUCAUAUACGAUCCUCCCAGAACAGGUCCAACCCUGUGGGAAGUUGGGAUCCCUGAUCGGACGGCAUCUGAGUUUUUCAUUCCCGAUCCUUAUCCAAUGCUUGAGAAUCAAUUAUACACGGAAGAUACCUCAGAAAAGUUUAGGCAAUAUGGGUUGUGGGACAAAUACACAGAGCUAUACCCGGAUGAAGAUCUGGUCUUUGUAGUGGGAAGAAGCAGUUUUGAGAUUGAUUGGUUUUUUGCACAUGUUAAUAGAUUCGUAGUAGAUGGGGAAGAAGGAAAUAAACGGUAUAUACCGAGUACAUGGAGAAUUGAGUUUGAGCGUGAGGAGAGCUUUGAUGAUGAUGAGUUGGGAAACUACACUCUUUGGAUUGCAUUGGCAUCAGCACAUGAAGCUGAAUUACAGGUGGGAGUGAAUGAUGAAGAGAUGGUUGUGCCACACUUCACAACGGGGUUAAUAGGAAAGGACAACGCAAUUGCAAGGCAUGGGAUUCAUGGGUUGUACUGGCUUUAUGGGUUGUACUGGCUUUUCAAGGUUGACGUGCCCCCCUCAUCUCUCCUUCCUGCUCCCCAUCGUCGCAAUUCCCUCUUCUUUAGGCAGGUUAGAGGCUCCAGUCCUUGGAGUGGGGUCAUGUAUGAUUACAUUCGUUUCGAAGCACCCGCCUCAUCCUGAAAAUGAUUUUUUUUCAACUCCAUACAUACAUGUAUGUUUGAAGCAAGGAAAGUGUAGCCUAUAUAUUAGGCAAAUGCAUCGCCACAUGAUCAUGUAAGUACACUGAAAUGGUUUGCACGCCAUCAAUCAAAUGUGUGGACAUGGUAAUAUAUAUGAAAUGGGUUUGAUUCACAAAUUUGCAAGAGCG